UUGUGCCCAACCUUUGUUUCGGUUUUGAUGGAUGCAUCCACCGGCGCAGUCUCGUGCAGUCUGUUGACCAAUCGCGACCGUCCUGGCUGCAACGAGGGACAACAGUUCAGUGGGAGAUGGCGCCCAGCUCGAAAUCAGAAAAGGACGAUAGCAAACAGAAAGCUCAAAGGAAACAUAAAGACCAUGUCGUGAAGCUUCUCAUGCGUGGAAAGCUGUCAGGUCAGUUUUCUCAGCGCAUGUUCAGAAAGCUGCCACCUCGAGUGUGUGUCCCAUUGAAGAACAUCGUCAGCGAGGAGUUCCUGAGAGCAGGGCAUGUCUUUCUGGGCUUCACCAAAUGUGGCCGAUACGUUCUGUCCUACACCAGCGACUGUGGAGAAGAUGAUGAUUUCUCUUUCUAUACCUACCAUCUCUAUUGGUGGGAGUUCAACCUGCACAGUAGACUCAAACAGGUCCAUCAUGUACGUUUGUUUGCAGGAGAGGAAAUCUACAGCGACCUGUACCUGACAGUGUGUGAGUGGCCUAAUGACCACUCCAAAAUUGUCAUCUUUGGCUUCAAUACACGCAGUUCAAGCUCCGUUCUGAUGAACUUAAUGAUGAGUGAUGAAAACAACAGAGACAUCUACAUCACUAUUGCCUCCAUGCCUCCUCCAAAACCUUGCUCUUACUGCUGCCCAGUUCCCUCAGCCACUACCAUACGCACAGGAAGUGGUGAGUGUCUGGAGCAUGGCUAUGUGCUCAACAGCAGGUACCAGGUGGUGUACCCGUUCCCCACUUUCCAGCCAGCUUUCCAGCUAAAGAAGGACCAGGUCAUCCUGUUGAACACUAGCUACUCUCUGGUGGCCUGCGGCAUUUCACUCUGCCCAGGUCAGCAGGGUCAGUCAUCGCAGAUCCUUUACACAAAGAGAGCAGCGCUGUCAAGUCAAGGUUCCUCUUCUAUUUUCUCCACAUCCUCGGCCUCUUCUUCCUCACUACCUCAGGGAUCUCCCGAAAGCCGACUGCCACCUAGCAGACCUGCUCCCAUUCCCUCUUCUCCGAGCCAGUCACAAGCAGCCCUGCGAGCCCGGGAGUUUGCAGCUGACAUCUUCAGGCGCGCACAGGGAGGAGGAGGGAAAGAAAACGAAGAUCAGGCAGAAAGGAGACCAUCAGAUGGUGAUGAAAUAGAGGUAGCGCAGAUACCCGGAGACAAAAGGAUAAAUGUAGAAAGGAGGAGAGAGGAGGAGGAGGAGGAGGAGGAGGAUUGUAGGGAGAGGAGGGAGGAGAGACGGACUAGUUUACCACAAGCGUCGACAUCAGGCGGGAGCCAUAGUUUGCCCCAGUCCUCUGAACAAGGGAUGUCUCCUGCCUCCUCUUCCUCAUCCCCUUCAUCCCCGCCAACCCCCUCCUCAUCCCAGGAGUUCAGCCCCAGCGAGCCUGGAUAUGUCAACUAUUCACUUCUGCAGUACCGCCUCCAACAGCCAGGAGCUGCAGAGCAGAAUACAGGAGGUGUAGGAGGUUAUGAAGACGAUAAAGUUCAGCUUCCUUUCACAGUCACUGACCUUAAAGGACGGAACCUGCAGCUGGUCACCGGGCCACACAAUGGACAGAGUGUGUGUGUGGAGCAGUUGACUCUAGACUUUGAGUAUCUUAUCAAUGAGGUGAUCAGGAGCGAUGCUGCCUGGGCCCCUCAGUUCUGCUCCUUCAGCGACUACGAUGUUGUGAUAUUAGAGGUGUGUCCUGAAACCAACACUGUGAUGAUCAACAUUGGUCUCCUGUUACUGGCCUUCUCCAACUCGGACGAGGAGCACUGCAGGCCAAACACGUAUCAUUCCAACCUGCAGGUCAGCUGGGACCUAAACACAGGCGUGUGUUGCACCGUGGGUGUAGGUGACCUUACAGAGGUCAAGGGUCAGACCAGUGGGAGUGUGUGGAGUUCUUACAGGAAGUCCUGCGUGAACACGGUGAUGAAGUGGUUGGUUCCCGAGAGCAGCUCCCGCUACAUUAAUCGCAUGACCAACGAAGCUCUACACAAAGGCUCGUCCCUGCAAGUGUUGGCAGAUAGUGAUCGUUGUACCUGGAUUGUAUUAUGAAGAAAGAAGUGUCAGAGCAACAGAAACGAAAAGCACACGCAGAUACACGUCAACACGGCCUCAUCGUCAGUACGGAGCUCCACCUUAACCUGAGCAGAACUGCACACGUCCAGCAACUGCGCUUUAGUAACAUGUGAAACACGUGUCAAAUAGAAACUGAACAAAGAUCGCUCCAGAUGCUGUAAAGAUGAAGUUUAUUUUGGGUGUUCUGUGUUUCAUUUUACAGGAUUCAUCUUUCUUUUUUAUUGUAUUAUUGCAACCACCAAAACCAAGAGCUAGACUGAACGAAGAUUUUGUUUUUACUUUUACUUUUUACUUUUUAUACAUAAAGACAUACUGUGUGCGUGCGUGUGUGUGUGUGUGUGUGUAACUGAACGUAUGCAAUAUCUGCACCAGUGUGAUGUUCACAAGGGGAUUUCAUCCAGAGAAUGAGUGUGUGAAUGAUUUAAUGUGUAACAUUUGACAGAUUCUGCUGCUUCAGAACAAGUUGUUGUUUCCUCGCCUGGACGCUUCAGUCCAGCUGUGUUGAUCCAUCAGGCUGCAGCAUUUAUAAUGAUGCAAACUGAACACCCAGGACUGCAUCGAUUGACACUUAAGAUCUUUUUCCCUUUUUUUUAUACCUCUGUCAUGGAACCAGAGGGUUGUUGGGGAGG